GACACUGCCCUGCGUACUGUCCUGGCGGCGUCCAAUGCCCCCUCGUCACCAACUUUCAUCCAGACGGUGCAGAGAUCGGUCAGUGGCCUCCGAGCCGUGAGUGUGCCAACACCACCCGGCAAUGUCCCUGCGGAAGUGAAGCCAAGUGGUGCGAAUCCCUCGGCUGCAUCUUCAAGGACGCUGAUUGUCCAGUGCUGUGCACCGAACAGCAGAAGCUCUGCUCUCUUGUGGACUACACUUCCGAAGGAAUUUUUCUCAGCUAUCGGGAAAUCUGCAUUGACGCAGACGUGCAGUGCCCCUGCGGCCUGAACACCUGGCGCUGUCCGGGGUCCGACUUGUGCCUGCUCCCGUCUCAGAUGGCGAUCUGCCCUUGUGCUUCCUGGCAGAAGGCCUGCGAGAUCACCGAUUACAGCCGCACAGGCAUACCGGAGUCUGGCACGAUGGUGCUCUGCAUCAAUCCCGAGCUGCAAUGCAUCACUUUGAUGAUGGAACGGGGAUGUCUCUUGAGGUUGUCCUGUCCGGAUCCCAUGGAUUCGAGUCGCACCAUCUGCGUUCCCAAAGCCAGCGGAGUCGUUGCCAAUGAAUGCCCGCAGUGGUGCUCUGCUGAGCAGCUACGAGCCGGUAAUGAAACCUGCACGCAGAUCUUUUUGGGAGACUCGGAUGCCUCCGUCUUCAAACGAACCAGCUGCCGCACUCCCGGAGACUGCAAGCCUGGCCUUAACACCAAAGCUUGUCCAUCCGGUGCCUUCCUGCCCGUAUGGCAGCCGUGCCCACUGGGCGAGGUCACGGAGGGCACGGUGAAGCAAAACCGCGCAGUUGAGGUUGCGAAGGUGUUCUGGCAAUUGAAGACGCUUUCUCCGAAUUGGGCGGGCUCCUUGACGACGGCAGCUGUGCGACUGCAGUUUGCCCUUGCCAUCCCCAGCACGAUGGAGACGAGUCUGGUCCUCCUGCCAGGAUCGGUCCUGAUGUUUCAGCUCGUGGGUGAAGGGCAGAGCGAAGAGGGACGCCGUCUUCAAGGAGCAAGCUCGCCGGACGCAGGUUCGAUUCCUCGUGGCCCAAAGGAGUUUGCUGUUCUCAUCAGAAUGCAGGUGCAGCAGGGCAACCCCCAUGCGACAGAAGCCAUAGACCUGAUUGGUGAGCUGGAAGAUCGAGUCGGUGCCAGCAUCGAGAUCAGCACCAACUUCAUCCAGAUCGAUGGUGGUGAGACGACAGCUCAGCCGACCAGCAGCUUCGGUCCUGACGGCGAGGAGGUGACAUCUGAAGAUGUCAUCUUCUUGGUCUUGGUCACAGUGGCUCUGAUUGUUCUGUGUUGCUGCAUCUGUGUAACAGCGGGCAUCUGCUUCAUCUACCAUCGGAGGCAUUCCUUCAAGAGAGUUCUUGCAGAGGCUAUGCAGCCAAGCCAGGAUAGAGCCCCCGAAGAGCCUCCGACUGCAUGGCAGGCUGAUCCCACUGAUCCACCCGAGCUUGGAGCCGAGGCUCGGACUGCAAUGUUCUCUGCGCGAUUUAACCGGAAGAACAAGGACACCGAAAUGAAAUUCCGAGCGGUGUGCAAGCUACUGCGUAAACGUGACCUCAAGAUUCUCAUGGUGGACGCAGGGGCAGGAGACGAUUUUGGUAUGUUGACCGCGAGAUAUUUGCAGCAACUGAAAGAUGAAAACGGCGUGAUGCUCGCAGUUUGCACGUCCGACUACGCAGAGAAGACCGCCAGCCCCUACUCAUCCUUCGCUGAGCUGGUCUUCGCAAUGGAUAACCAUAUCGACGUUUUGCCUCUGAGGGUCGAAGAGAUCUACCCGCCUCAGCCGCCGUCGGGUGAAGACCACCCGUUUGAUAAGCACGGAGUCGCCAAAGGCAUCGUGUCGAUGGUCAUGAAGAGUUCCGUGGUGUUCUUGGACUGCAGGAACAAGACGGAGGAGCAAAUCGCAGACGAAAUCGAAGCGAAGUUGAGGAUGCAGCAUGACACUGGGAUUUGUAGCUUGGAGCUCUUGGACAUCAAGAUUUGGAAGCUGAGUGCUGUAGGCAGCAUCAGCUGGUUUGCCGAGGCCCAGGGCGACCUGAUCUCAGUCUGA